CGCAAUCAUUGCUCGGUUGUUUCUAGACAAACACGGAUUCCGCGUGAUCGGGAUUAGCCAAUAGCUGAACGCGACUGAGAGUGAAAGGCGGCGGACGGAGGAGGAGGAGGAAGUUGGUUCCAAGCAGGCGACUCGGUUACGGGAGAGAUGACUCGUGGAAACCAGCGUGAACUUGCCCGACAAAAGAAUCUUAAGAAAAAUCAGGAUAAGUCAAAGAAAGAAAAAGAUGAUGGCUUGUCUGCUGCUGCCCGGAAGCAAAGAGAUGCUCAAAUAAUGCAGGAAAAGCAGAAAAAGGCCACAGAAAAAAAAGACGAUCCGAAAUAGCCAAUGUGGAAUGCAACAAUUUACAGCAGAAGACAACUGAGACCAUUUACAACAUGAUCCAGUUCUGGAGAAAGACAUUAACCCCCCCCUCCCCAAACCACAGUGCUCUCCCUGCUAUGCGCUGUGUUCAGCCUUUUCUUGUCAUAAGCUAGUAUCAUAGCUCUUUUAUUGCCCCAUGUAACCUUAUUCUGCACACUAUUCUUUCUUUUUUCAUUUCUACCCCGCUCUCUAACUGCAUGCUGGUUUAGCAUUGCUUAAAUCUGGUCUAGAAAAUCCAUGUUUGAGGGAAGUACCAAACAGAACAUGUCCCUUCAUGCAAAUGAAAAUGGCCUCUUUUUGUAUUCACGGUAACCCAGUUGAACAUUUAAUAAAGAAUUUUUUUUCUGUGA